AUGUCUCUAAUAUCUUCUGAAGAGGAAAGCUCAACGCUCGAAGAAUCAAGCAUUUACAAUUCGUACGGGAUAGAGAAAGAAAAACAGAACAAAAUAAGUGUGGAGCACUCAGCGAAUGUUGUUUCUGAUGAUA